AUGUCGUCUGAAGACCCGCUCAACGCGUCGCCCAACGAUGCCGUGAAACGCUCCCGCUACACCCAUCGCCAGCUCCACCUGCUGCGCCAGGGCUCGACGGCCACCCCGCUCCGCGCGAUUGCGCAUAUCGAUCUCGAUGCCUUCUAUGCCCAAUGCGAAAUGGUGCGCCUGGGGUUGCCCCGCGAUACACCGCUCGCUGUGCGCCAGUGGGAGUCCCUGAUCGCCGUCAAUUACGCCGCGCGGCCGUUUGGGAUCACCCGGAUGAUAACGGCGGCCGAGGCCCGCAAAGCAUGUCCCAAUAUUGUGCUGCAGCACGUUGCGACAUUCAGAGAGGGAGAGGGUGGGCGAUGGGCGUAUCGCGAUGACUCGUUUAAGAAUAUUAAGACUGAUAAGGUGUCUCUCGACCCAUACCGGGCGGAGUCGAGGAAAAUCCUCAAGACGAUAAAGGAUGAAUUGGACCGGUGGUGCACGAAUGAGCCGGAUGGAGAGGCUCACUGCUUCACCCAGGGGCUGUCUGCUGGCCUGGAAAAGGCCAGUAUAGACGAAGUCUUCAUCGAUCUAUCACCCCUCGUCUAUAGCGUCUUGCUCCAGAGAUAUCCGGAACUACGACCAAGCUUGCAGGACGAGAACCGAGAUGCUGGACUACCUCCACCUCCCACGACAGCAGUUCCGUGGGAUCCAGAAGAUUUUUUGGUAGAGCUUGAUCUGCACGAAAGGGAGGAAGAUGAUCCUGACUGGGAUGACAUGGUCAUGCUGGUAGGUGCGGAGAUUGUUCGAGCCGUACGUAGGGCAGUCUGGGAUGAGCUCAAAUAUACCUGCUCCGCUGGUCUCGCACGAAACAAGAUGCUCGCAAAGCUAGGCAGUGCUUGCAACAAGCCCGACAAGCAGACCGUGGUACGAAAUCGCGCCGUCCAACAUUUCCUGGGCGGCUACAAAUUCACCCAGAUCCGGAUGCUGGGCGGCAAGCUCGGUGAUCAGAUAACAUCUCUGUUUGGGACCGAGCAAGUGAGCGACCUGCUCAGUGUCCCACUUGAACAGCUACGCACUAAGCUCGAUGACCAUACCGCAUCAUGGCUGUACGGGAUUAUUCGCGGUGACGACCGAUCGGAGGUCAACCCUCGGACGCAGAUCAAAUCGAUGCUCUCCGCCAAGUCUUUCCGCCCCAGUAUCAACUCGGUGGGGCAGGCCGAGAAAUGGCUGCGCAUCUUUGCAGCUGAUAUUUAUGGUCGUCUUGUGGAAGAUGGCGUGCUUGAAAACAGACGUCGUCCAAGAGUGAUCACUCUGCACCACAGGACAGCACAGUCCCGCUCUCGUCAGAUUCCCAUUCCUGCGUCGAAUGCGGUUGAUGAGAAUCUGCUUUUUGAGCUAGCCAAGACGUUGAUGCGGCAAGUUAUAACGGAUGGACAGGCUUGGCCUUGUUCGAACCUGUCCCUGAGUGUUAGCAGCUUUGAGGAGGGGGUGAGCAAGAACAAGGCGAUAGAGGGGUUCUUGCUCCGGGGCGAUCAAGCGAAGUCUUUGAGCCAUGGGUCACGACCUCGAGAUCCUAAUGCUGCCGCCAGUGAGCAACUGCCACCGGAGAAGAAGAGAAAGACAGACGACAAUGGCAUCAAGCGGUUUUUCGCUCAGCCGCCUCACACCGAUAGCCCUGUUGUCGAUGAGGAGAGCGCUCAGCCUCAACCAGAUCCUGAUCCAAUUUCCGCAGCGCAACGAUCUCCACCCGAGGUGCAUGGCAGUGCAAUGCCAUACUACACCUGCGGCCGCUGCUCCAGGUCUAUUGCCGAGCUUGAAAGCGAAGAGCACGAUGAUUGGCAUUUUGCAAAGGACCUGGAACUUCAGGAACGACAAGAAGCGAGGGAUGUGCAACAUCAAUCUCGUCCAACAAACAGCUCCAGCAGCUCUCGAGGCACAGGUACUCGUGGAAGAGGAGGCCGGGGAGGCCGGGGCAAGCCCGAGAGAGGGCAGAUGCGACUGGCUUUCCAGUAA